AACGCAUGCAGUGCGUAUCAUACUUACUACUCUUAGCAGUGCGGUCCACGCGAAAAUACAAACAACAUCCCAUAAAACCGCAAUGAAUGUGAUUGGUUGAAGUACUACUACAAAAGUGAUUUAUGAGUGCUAAUAUAAGUAGUGUUGUGGUGGAAAUCGCUUUGGAUACCGGUAGCCGUGGAGUAUAUUAUAUGUACUUUAAUACUCCUUAUCAAUAACUAAUAUAGAUAAAAACGAAUGACGUAUAAAUCAUGCAAUGGAUACUUCUCUCCCUCUACAUUGCCAUGGCCAACGCCAUGGAAACCACCAACUUGUUUGAUUUCUGGACCGAUUUAUUCCGUCCUCUUCCACGAAAUCCAAGAGAAGGGUUCAUGUCAGACUACACACCCAUUGACCAGGAGGAAUUUGAUUUUAUUAUAGUCGGUGCAGGGUCAGCCGGUUGUGUUUUAGCUAAUAGACUAACCGAAAUCCCUGAAUGGAAAAUAUUGCUCAUAGAGGCCGGCGGAAAUGAAAAUUUCUUUUCCGACAUUCCUAUUUUUGCCGCAUUUUUAUCUACGACUCCAAUGAAUUGGAUGUAUAACUCUGAACCAGAACAAAAAGCUUGUAGAGACCUCAGAGGCAACGUCUGUUUCUUGCCACGCGGCAAAGUUUUAGGUGGAAGUAGUGUUUUAAAUUUUUUAAUAUACCAAAGGGGUCAUCCAGAUGACUACGAUGACUGGGCCAAGAUGGGAAACCAUGGCUGGAGUUACUCCGAAGUACUGCCAUAUUUUAAAAAGUCUGAAAAUAUUAAGAUAAGUAGCUUAAGGAAUUCGACUUAUCACGGUAGAGGCGGAUACUUAGAUAUUGAGUAUGCCCCGUACAAAUCUCCAUUAGAGCGUCUUUUUAAGAGAGCUGGGGAAGAACUAGGUUAUGAAUGGCGAGACCCAAACGGAGAGCAAGUGAUUGGUUUCUCCAAGCCGCAGGCUACCAUGAGAAACGGCAGAAGAUGUAGCACCUCCAAAGCAUUCCUAGAACCUAUUCGUUUCAGACGAAAUUUGAAAGUUUCUAAACAUUCUAUGGUCAAUAAGAUAUUAAUUGAUCCACGGACCAAAACUUCCUAUGGAGUGGAACUGACGAAACAAAUGAAAAGGAUAAGAGUGCGAGCUCUCAGGGAAGUGAUUUUGGCGGCUGGGUCGAUUGGAUCUGCCCAAUUGUUGAUGGUCUCUGGGGUUGGCCCGGAAGAACACUUACGCGAAAUGGAAAUCGAACCUGUUGUAAACCUCCCCGUUGGUUACAAUCUACAAGACCACGUGACCUUUUCUGGGAAUGCCUUCAUAGUCAACGAUUCUAGUCUAACCGUAAACGAUAUGUUAGCGGCAUCGCCGUUAUCCGCAAUCGCAUACCUAGCGGGCCGCGGACCCCUGACGCUGCCAGGAGGGGCGGCCGGGCUGGCCUUCACACGCUCCCCAUACGCCAUGGACGACCACUCGCCUACCCGACCCGACAUCGAACUCGUCAUGGGUGGCGGUUCGCUCGCUGGAGACUUGCUAGGCAUACUGAGGAGUUUAUUGGGUGUGACGGACCAGUGGUACUACCGUAUGUAUAGUUCGCUUCCAAUGAGAGUGCGACAAAAUACAUUCUCCAUCAACCCGGUGCUGAUAAGACCACGCAGCAUUGGCCGGCUGAAGCUUCGUUCCGGAAACUUCUCCGACCAUCCGUCCAUUAAAAUGAACUAUUUCGAUGACCCCAAAGAUUUAAAAGCUUUAGUGAAUGGAGUACGACUUAUCCAACAAGUGAUAGGAACGUCAGCAUUUCAGCAAUACGAAACUCGAUUGCACGACGUCCCUUUCCCAGGAUGCGAAAACGUGCUUUUCGAUUCUGAUCAAUAUUGGGAAUGUGCCAUUAUGCAAACCGCUAUCACCUUAGACCACCAGGUUGGCACGUGUAAAAUGACACCAGCGGGAGACCCAUCAGGCGUUGUGUCCCCUCGAUUACUAAUCCACGGCAUGCGCGGGCUGAGAGUAGCCGAUGCGUCCAUUAUUCCACGCAUACCAGCAGCGCACACCAACGCGCCAGUCAUUAUGAUAGCAGAAAAAGCAGCUGACCUCAUAAAAGAAGACUGGGGGAUGCAUAGAGUUACAACAAAUUUUAUUGAUGGCAGUUGAAAUAAAAUUAUUAAAAUUAAUAAUUCGACUUUUAUUUACGGUAGGAUAUUUUGUAUUCGUAAUAAUAAUAAAUAAAAUAAUAGAGGAGAAUAAGGGAUAUAAAAGCUGGAAAACGAAAAUUCUCCUGUAUCUGUCCUAGUUUUAAGAACUUCCGGGAAUCAUGCAAGAGGGAUUUUCAAUAUUAGAGGAAAGUUUAAAAUUAUAUUUCUUACGAUGCUUUUUUGAAUCGCAAACUAGCUAUUAAGAAACUGCUUACAGUUAUCAACUACAGAAGGUGGAUAUCUAAUAUCUACUGCAUUUGGAUGACGAAUUUUGAUAUAUAUAUUUUUUUCAAUCCAAUGUAAAUAAUGGAACCACGAG